GGGAAAAUAAACAGAAGAAGCAGCAUCUGUGUGAGUACGAAUUAUAAGAGACAGAGAAAACGAGAAACAGCAAUAGCAAAGUAGCAAAACAGCAGUAGUUCAUAAAAUUUUCUUGAAUUAGACACACGACCAAAAGAGGAAAAAGAAACACACAGAAAUAAUACGGGAGUUUUAUAAUUUCGAAAGCAUUUUUUCAAUACAAAAAUUCUUUAUAAUUUUUUUAGUUCUUUUGAGUUUUUUAUUGUACAAUAACCUAAAAACAACAAGUUUAAUUAUAAAAAAAGUAAGAAAAAGUUAUUACUAAGGUUAAAAGCCAAAAGAAAAGCGAAAUAAAAAAUAGAACAAAAAAGUUGACGCCAUUUUGGUGUAUGUGUUGGAGACCUUAUAAAGUGAAAAAAAAUAGAAACCAAGAAAAAAGUGCGUACGUUUGUGUGUGUGAAUUGUGAAAAAAUAGCUAAAUAAAUCUAUUUAUAUUUUCAGAAAGAUUUUUAUAAAUAAAUUACUGCUUAUUAAAAGCUAAAAUUUUAAAUACCAAUUCCAAAGCUUAAGGUGUUCAAAAGUGCAUUAAAAAGAGCAAUAAAAGCAAAAGUUAAAGAGCAACGUAUUAAUUAACUGCGUACUAAUAAUAAACAAUUAAAACAGCAGCUAUAAAAAAGAGAAAUAUUUUUAAAACCCAAUUAAAUACAACAUACACAAAAAAACUUUUAUCAAAUAAUUAACAUAUUGAUUGAUGGCAUUCCCUUACAAUAUAAAAAAAAAGUUGAAAAAAAAAUAAUAAAAAUAUUUUAGUAAAAGACUUAUUUCCAAACUAACGCUAAACUUUUUUGAUAAACAAACCAACAAAUAAAAAACCAAAAGCAUUUUUUUGUAAAAUACAAAAAUUAACCAAAUAAGCAAUUAAUCAAUUAAGUUUUACAUAUUCAAUAAUAAGUUUAAAAUAAUUUAAAAAUAAAAUUAAAAACAAAACACAUUUUUUAUAACUCAAUUAAAUAAAUUUAAAACUACAAACAUUAUUUUACAAACUGUUCACGACGUCCAUCACCAUCGAAAAUGGCGCCCACAACGACUAUCGAGACCAUAACAAUCACCCGACCUUUGAAGGUCAUUGCAUUUAUUUGUGGUGUUAUAGUUGUUGUACUCAUGAUUAUGGCAUUGGCUUCCACCGAUUGGCUAAUGGCUGAAGGUUGGCGUCAAGGCCUCUUUGUACACUGCAUCGAAGAAGAUGUAUUGCCACCACUUCCAUUCAAUUUACAUGAUCCUCCAGGCUGUUAUCCCAGUCGUGAUGUCUUUUAUAUUAGAGCAACUGCUGUUCUGUGUGUCAUAACAUUAAUUACCGAUGUUGUAGCAACAAUACUAACAGGACUUGGUUUAAAAACACAAAAUCACAAUUUAAAAUAUAAAUUUUAUAGAAUCGCGGUAUUAGUAAUGUUAUUAUCAUUAUUAGCUGUUUUAUCGGCCUUAAUUAUUUAUCCUGUAUGUUUUGCCGGUGAAUUAAAUCUGGCAAAUCGACCAAUAUGGGAAUUUGGCUGGGCCUAUGGCGUAGGCUGGGGAGCAGCCAUUUUCCUGUUUGGAGCUGUUGUUCUAUUAUUAUGCGAUAAAGAAUCGGAAGAAAUUUAUUAUAAGGAAAGAAAAAUUGUACAUGAAAACCAAAUGCGCGCCUAGGCCAGGCCGCACGACCUGCCUGACGUCGUUCUUUAGACAUAUAAGUAUACUUUUUGAAUUGAAAACGAAACAAUUUUAUUUAUUAUAUAUUAUUAUCAGUUAUUUACUCUUACUUUUUGUACUCCCCUCCUCCUCCUGCUCCUUCAACUCCUUUCCCAUAACGACCCCUGUUUCCUUACACAUUUCCUCCAUAUUUCAUACACAAUCUCUCCAUGGAAAUUUAUUUGUUUGAGAAAGACUUAAGAUAAAGAAAAAGCAAACACAACUCCCACUUUUAACUCAACUCUCAACGUACAUCAUAGGCGCAUUAUAAAAUGAUUAAAAGAAUAACGAAGUGAAAAAAACCCAUAAAAACAUAUUUAACAUCAUAGACAUUUAGAAUUGCAUAUAUUACUAUAUACUAAAGAAAAAUUAUAAAAAAACAAACAAACAAAAUCAUAAGAAUCGUAUACAAAACAUAUAUAAAAAUCGUAUAUAUACAUAUUGAUAUGUAUAGAUUAUAUAGAGCACAUAUUUAUUUAGCAUAUAUUUUAAAAUUCCCUUUUUUGGUUUAGUGAUAAUUUUCUUGAGAAAUUUUGUUUAACAAUUUAGUUGGUUGAUCAAACCCCCGCUAUAAAAUGUUUGAUUUUGAUUUGAGUUUUUAGAUGCGAUACAUUUAUAAGUAUAAUCCUCGUUACAUAUUUAUACAAAUAUAAAAUACAUAUAACAUUCUUUUUUUAUUUUAAAUACUACAUACAUACGUAUAGAAAGAAAUCUUGUCAUAAUAAUUGCUUGAUAGUUCCUUUUUCUAGGUUAUCACUUGUGUUUUUUUUUUUAUUAAUUUUUAGAAAAUUUCCUUUAAUUUUUCCAAAAAUUACAAACUAAAUUUUACUAUAAAUGUUUGGAUAUAUUCCAUGUAGUUUAUGUGUGUAAUUGUGUAAAACCAAAAAUUUAUUAGACCAAGCAGAAAAUUAAAAAAUAACUAAAUAAAAACCACGAAUCUCCAAAAUAUUAAAAAGAAAAUACAUAAUUCAAAAUUAUUAUAUAACAACAAAAACAUUUUGACAAAAAAAAGCAAAGAAGAAAAUAUGUAAAAUUAAAUAAAGGUAAAACCCGGUCCGGUUUAAUUAUUGCUUACCAUUUUAACCUUUUAAUUUUGUAUUAUUUUUGGUAUUUGUAACAAAAUUAUUAAACGUAAUAUAUUUAUGAAUAUAUUAGUGAAACAUUAAAUGCAAAUCUUUAAAUAUCACAAAAUUUAAACCUUUACUAAUAUGGCACAACAUGAAGUAUUUAAAAUUUCAAAUUAAAUGAACAACAGCAACUACAACAAAAUGAUCACCCACCCUUCCCUUUUUUAAAUUAAAAAUAUUAAAAAAUUUUAGUUUUAUGCGCAUACAUUUUCUUUAAGCAAAGAGUUUUUUAGAGCUAAAUUUUCUUAAAUUUGAAUUAAAGUUGAAUCAAAUAAUGCUAAUCUAUACAUUUAUGGCAUUAUUGUCACAUCAAAAACAAAUCUUAUUCGACCUAUGUGUAAGCGUAUUAAGGAAUCUCCAAAUUAAACUCUAACAUUUUGUUAGUUUUUUAUUUACUCUAAACCAGAUUAUUUCUGAAAUCCAUUAACAGUCAGGUUAUUUGGAAACGAUCACAGUUUGUUAAUAUCAAGUAGGGUUCUAAUAAGACUUACAAUGGGCCAAAAGUAGAGAGAAAAACAAAUCGUCUUGAUUGUCCUUAAUAUAUAAUAAAAACAAGGACUAAGAUGUAAAAGUGACUGUAAAAGCGGUAUCCUUAAAUGUAUGAUACAAAUAUUAACAACUCUCCUAUAAAAAGUGUAAUAGAUGAGGCUGGGGUGGUUCACAUUGCUCUAGAACGACCAGAGCAAUGAACUCUCCGCAUUAGUGGAACUGUUACAACUAAUUACAACAACAAAAUGAUUCGAAAUUAGAUUUGAAAAUAUGUUUCGGUAUGAGAUUUCACUUUGAAUAUGUCCGUUGAUAUACAUAUAAGCCAAAAUAUAAUGGAGAUGGCCGGUCAAGUUGCUCAGAUAUUUUCGAAUCAAUAGUAACAGAAUGUCCAAUUUGCACUGUUCUCUUGGGUCCAUUUGGUUGGUCGCUUUGUGUAACCUUUAAAGUUUAGCUCUUUAAUUUGCGUAUUCUGCCGCCCAAUGUUUACGCUAAACUUGCAUUCCUAAACAAGAGUAUCAACAUUUUGUCAACAAUGACAAACAUUUUUGUUUCGGUGUCGUAGGGUUGUAUCCUUGUAUGUCGUAAUUUUUUUUUAUUAAUGUUUUGUUUUUGUUUCGAAAAAUUUUGUUUGAAAAAUAUUUAUGACAUAUAACGAUACACGCUACGACACCGAUUGUGAAUUGGGUAAAUUGUUUUCAAUUUUAGUAUGUACAAAGUAAAGAAAACAAUAAAAAACAAAAACUUAAUAACGCAUUUUAUUCUUGUUGAAUUUUCCAACAGCUCAGCGUAGCCGCAGCGUUAUUUCAGUAUGUUUCAUACAAGUUAUAUGGCAAUGACCAUCUUUGACAAAUAAACAAUGCUCUUAUUUAGGUAUGUCUGUAACAGCUGACAAUUUAUGAUCAGCUAGAUUUUUCGAAUAUUCGAAUUUCUGCUAUAAAAUGUCAGUUUUAAACGUACUUUUUUCUACUAUUUGAAAACCGGCUAUUAAACGAAUUGUCAGAAUAUCUGGCGGUUACAUGAUUAACAAAACCGAGAAUUUUUUCGGUUUUUGCUUAUUUUCACAUUCUUUUCGGCAAUCUAAUUCCAUAUUAAAUGCUUAACUCUUAUUUAUUUUCUAUAGGAAUGGCGAAUAUUAUGAAAAUAAAGUUUCAAAGUAUUUGAAUUUUUUAUCGUAACAAUAUACAGACAGUUUUUUGUAACGAUAAACUAUAAUCAGAAAUUAAAAAAUGGAGCUUAAUACUUUUUUCAAAUAAAAACAAUUUAAAACUCUUUGCAAGCCUCAUUUUUAGCUUUGUAAUUUCAAAGUAAUAUUACGCAUUUUUCACGGUCUCCUCCUUUUUUCAGUACUUAUUAAAUCUUGCACAUUUUCAUUGUAUUCGUUUUAUUUCAAAUAAUUAAAACUAAAACUAUCAAAUGAUAUUAAUAUUUAUACAUAUAUUUUUAUAGCUAAAAACUAAAACACUUUAUUUACACUAAACAUUUUGAUACUUUUGCUUAAAAUUUAGAGAAAAAAAAAUAAUAAUUUAUAUAAAAAUCAUAUUCAUAAUUAAAAAAAUUCAUAAAAUUUAAACAAUUUAAACAAAAUUUGGUUUGUUAAUACGAAUAAGCUUUAUAUUGUUAUACCCUCCCUUCAAAUAUAAAACUUUUUGAUGAAACUCUGAAAUAGUUUAAGAAAAAUACUCAUAAAUUCUUUAGAAAAUUUAGAAAAAUACUCAUAACUUCGUUGCAUUAAAAAUGUAACUAUUUUCAAUAACAAAAUCAAAAAAAUAUUUCAAUAAUAAUGUAUGUAUCCACAUUUUAACUGAAAUGUAUCAAUUAUUGGCCAAAAGAUUUCAAUUAAACAAUAAUUAUGUAUUUUAGACGAUCUUAUAUGGUUUAAAUCAUAAUUAAAUACAACUGAGUAAUUGAAAAUGUGAUACAUUUUCCAACCCUGAAAGCAACGGGAACACAAACCGUUACAAUUAAAGAUCAGUGAUGCCAAUAAUAAUAAAAAGAAAACACUAUUAAAAGAAGAACUACAUUUAUCGCAGAUUUUCUUUAAUUCCUGGCAUUAUUAUAUGUAACUAUUAAAAAUAUUUCAUACAAAAUUACUAAAAAUGAAGGCCCUAAUUUUGUAAAUCACGUCACCAAAGUCAUAUUUAUGUGGAAAGCAAAAACAAAAUUUCAAAAAUUUGUUUUUGUUUUAUAUACAAAAUUUUUAAAUUAUGAAAGGCAAAUCAACGCUUGAAUUUUGGUGACGUGAUUUACAAAAUUAGGGCUUAAUAGUAUUCUUGUUGAAAAUUUUAUAGGUUUACAUCAACAAAUUUAAAAUUCUAUUUUCAAUAUUAUGAAUAUGAUUUUUAUUUGUUCUUUCUAAAAUUAAUUUUAGUAUUAAAUGCGUUUCGUUUUUAUUCAAAUGGUAGUUAAAACUUGUUCGAAUUGUUUUUAAAUCCUUAAUAUUUAUUUAUUAUUUACUUACUUUAUUAUAAAUUAUAAAUAACCUUCCUUUUAAAAUCUAGCUAUUUUUUAAACUUAUUUUUUUUAAAAAAAGAAAAAUAACUCAAACGACAAAUUAAAAUAACUGAAUUUCUAACACUUGUUUUUUUAAAUUUAAACAUAUUUUAAGUUAGUUAUUUUUUUCCAUCUAUUUAUAAUUUAUUAAAAACUCCUAAUACAAAAUGCAACUAUUUAUAAUUUCCCAUUUUUUCAAUUGGGCAGCUAUAAUAAUUCAGCAAAUCUUUUAAGCUGAUUUAUUUCGAAAACAAUCUAAGCGAAAAAUAGUAAACAUAUCAUCAGUCUAUUAAAAUUAUAUUUUUAUUUCUAUUAUUUUUGUAUUAUUUUUUUUAUAACAAUUUAUAUUUUUUUUUACAACUCUACCUUAAAACUGUUAACUUGUUUAAUUAAACAUAGUAUUUAUAAAACCAUUUUGCAUUAAAUAACAAUUUUAAGCGAAAAUCUUUAAAAAUAAAAAACAGCUAUUUGGUUUUACAAGGAUUUUCGAUUUUUGUUGUUAUUUGGUAAACUUAAACCUUGACACUUGAUUAUUGAUUUGUACAAUUUUAUUAUUAUUGAUUAUUAUUUUAUUAUAUUAAUUUGUUUGUUCUUAAAUAAAGUUUUUAUUUAACAAAA